UCUCGGUCCACCUCUAUAUAUAUAUAUAUACACACACACACAACACCACCACAAGAUCAAGGUCGAUCGAUCCAUCAUAUUUGUUCAUACACUCAUCAUCAUCAUCAUCACCCUUAUCAGCUAAUUAAUUAAUCAAUUAAUUGUGCACUAUGGCGACCAACAAAGCUGCAGGUAAUUCCAUGGUAGUGUGCUUCGGCGAGAUGCUGAUCGAUUUCGUGCCGGACACGUCGGGAGUGUCGCUGGCGGAGUCUCAGGGCUUCCUCAAGGCCCCCGGAGGCGCACCAGCCAAUGUGGCCUGUGCCAUCACAAGACUAGGCGGCCGCGCCGCCUUCAUCGGCAAGGUUGGAGACGACGAAUUCGGGCGGAUGCUGGUGGACAUUUUGAAGAAGAACGGGGUGGACAGCGGGGGAGUGCGGUUCGAUGAGCAGGCGAGGACGGCGCUGGCGUUUGUGACCCUGAAGAACAAUGGGCAGAGGGAGUUCAUGUUUUACAGGAACCCCAGCGCGGACAUGCUGCUGAAGGAGUCGGAGCUGGAUAUGAAGCUCAUCAAGGAGGCCAACAUCUUCCACUAUGGCUCCAUCAGCCUCAUAUCCGAGCCCUGCAGGUCUGCUCACAUGGCUGCCAUGAAAGCCGCCAAGGAAGCCGGCGUUUUCCUCUCCUACGACCCCAAUGUUCGCCUCCCUCUCUGGCCUUCCCACGACGCUGCGCGCACCGGGAUCAAAAGUAUCUGGAACCAGGCCGAUUUCAUCAAGGUGAGCGAUGAUGAGGUGGAGUUCCUGACACAGAAGGACGCGCAAAAGGAUGAAACGGUGUUGUCGCUGUGGCACGAUCAGCUCAAGCUUCUUGUGGUCACUGACGGAGAGAAGGGCUGCAGAUACUUCACCAAGAACUUUAAGGGAAGAGUCAGCGGGUUUUCAGUGAAGACGGUGGACACAACGGGUGCAGGGGAUGCCUUUGUGGGGGCUAUUCUGUAUUCGAUUGCCAAAGAUCCUUCGAUAGCGCAGGACGAAAACAAGUUGAAGGAGGCGCUGAAAUUCGCGAAUGCGUGCGGGGCAAUUUCGACCACCCAGAAAGGAGCUAUCCCAGCAUUGCCCUCCCCCUCCGAUGCCCAAUCCCUCAUUAAUGCUCACUCCAAGUCCAAAUAAUUUAUUACAUUCUCUCUCUCUCUCUCUCUCUCUCUCUCUCUCUCUCUCUCUCUCUCUCUAUAGUGGUAUUACUCUCUCUCUCUAUAGUGGUAUUACCAGAUCAUAUAAUUACUAGUUAAUGUCGUCGUGAAUAACGAAAAACGUGCAUGUCCCGAGAUAUUCAGUAUUAAUUACUGUAGAUGCCGCCGGCGGAUCGAUUCAUUUAAUUGAUUCGCAUCUAUCUAUCUAUCUAUGUUUUGAUUAACGUACGUAC